AUGGGAACAAUAAAUUCUCUAUGGAAUUUUACUAAAAAAUUCGUCACAAUUGGUCUCAUUACUGUCACUGUAUCCGAUCGUUAUGUAACUGUUGUACCAGUUCGUGGUGGCUCUAUGUCUCCCACUUUAAACCCUAAAACUGAUUCUUUCACAGAUGACUAUGUCUUGGUUGAGAGAUUUUGCCUUCAAAAGUACAAGUUUUCACAUGGUGACGUCGUGAUCUUCCGUUCACCAUUAAAUUACAAGGAGACACACAUAAAGAGAAUACUUGCUUUACCGAACGAGUGGUUCGUUACUCGUCAUAACAAUGAUGUACUGAGGAUUCCGGAAGGACAUUGUUGGGUUGAGGGAGACAAUGCAUCUUCCAGCAUGGAUUCAAAAUCAUAUGGAUCUGUUCCCUUGGGUCUAGUUCGAGGAAGGGUUACUCAUGUUGUGUGGCCUCCUCACAGAAUAGGAGCUGUCAAGAAUACUAAAACAGAAGGAUUACUACCUUCUCUAUGA